CCGUCGUAAGGAUUGUAAUUGCGCUGUCUACUCGCAGCCAGGAAGAAGCCGGACGUGUAUAGAUCUGUACAGAAUUUCAGAUUGGGAAGACAUUUAUAGUAGAAAUCAAGAUGGACAGGCCAACAUCUAAAUAUCACAACUUCAUAUUUGGAGGUGUUUACCAUGUCAGGGAUAAUUCUGAAUGAAGAUGAGCUGUUAAUCAAAGAAUAUUCCAAAAUGUUGACGGAUAUGAUACUACUGUGUUUUACCCUGGGCCUCUCCCUGAUGUUCUGGAUCAUUUCCAUAAUUACCAAUUCAUACUCAGGUACUGGGUACCCUGUUUCAGCAUGGAGAUGGCUCUUCUCUGUGUUACUCCCUCUCACGCUUACUUUGCGAGCCGUGAAAAAGCGAAGCCUCGAUUACACAGGGGCCCUUGGAGCGAUGGUUGUUGGCGUCAUUCUCACCGUGGCCAACUUGAGUUUCCUUUCCGCACUGUUUGCUUUUUUCAUCACUUCAUCCAAGCUGACAAAAUGGAAGGGUGACAUUAAAAAGCGUCUGGACUCAGAAUAUAAAGAAGGUGGACAGAGAAACUGGAUUCAGGUGCUCUGCAAUGGUGGCAUUCCCACGGAGUUAGCCCUGCUCUACAUGAUCGAGGUGGGGUCGGGGGAGAUUCCCGUGGACUUUGGGAAGCAGUACUCGGCAUCCUGGAUAUGCUUGUCCCUUCUGGGAGCGUUGUCCUGCAGUGCAGGGGACACCUGGGCAUCAGAGGUGGGGCCCGUCCUCAGUCAGACCAAGCCCAGGCUCAUCACGACCUGGAAGGAGGUGCCAACAGGAACAAAUGGAGGAGUAACUCCGGUGGGAUUAGUGGCCAGCUUCCUGGGGGGAUUAACAGUGGGCGCAUCUUACUUCAUCUCCCAGAUUCUGUUUGUAAGUGACUUGCACCUGGCUGUUCCCCAGUGGCCAGUCAUCGUCUAUGGAGGAGUGGCGGGCCUUCUUGGAUCAGGGUUGGACUCUCUUCUGGGAGCCGAAAUGCAAUAUUCAGGCUAUGACGAGAGUACUGGCAAAGUUGUGAACUAUGAGUCCAAAACCACCAAAAGAAUAUGUGGGAAACCAAUCCUGGACAACAACGCUGUAAACCUCUUCUCCUCACUUCUCAUUGCCCUAUUCCUGCCUGGGCUCGCCUGGGGGGUUUGGCCCCGACUAUAAACGUUUUGGAAACAGUUGUCAGGAUGUUUGUUAUAGUUUGGAAAAUGGUAUCAACUUGGAAAUAAUCCCACCAUGUGUAUUUGUGUGUGAAGUAAGAAUGAGUAUAAUGGUGAUGGCAGGGUGUUAAUAGAUUGAGAUAAAUGGAUUUGAAAUCUGGAAUGUAGGCUCUGUGUGAUCGUACUGUUUGCGGUUAUGCAAAUAAUUUCACAUAAAUAAUAGUUUCACAUAAGAUGUUUGAAGUCCAGAGAGUUUCAAUUUAAUCAUGAAUUGCAUUGAACACAAUGUUAUAAAUAUUGUAAUUUUCUUGUGCCGUUUAUGAAGUGUUUUCAUUAUGUAUUCAGGGAAGAGUGAGCGCUACACUGGUAUGCAACCUGUACCUGUUAACACAUCUCAUUACACCUGGUAGCAGUAUUCUAUACAGAUAGAUUGGUCAUUUUUCUGUUAUUGUCAUUGUGAUGUCAAAUGAGUGCGCUCCACUAAAUGUUCUUAUGUCUGCUUGCUGCCCACCUACCCAUGUCACUGGAGCCUUACCGUGUUUACCGUUGCUGAUCAGGAACAACCACACCCUUUGCAGUUUUGUCAGUGCUCUGGCAUGUUGACCACAACAAACUAUAUUGCUGAAUUGUUAGUCACCCAUGUAUAUUGCCAUUGUAGGCAUUGCAAAAUACAAGACUUAUAGGUUUA